AUGUACGGAGAUACAAAUGAUUCGACAAUUAGUUCCGAGAGUGCCCGAUUAAUGGACCCAGUGGAGCUUGAGCUGGCUCUGUCGCCAUCAAGACAUGAUGAGCAUGAUUUGUUUUACAAGGUUCGUGCAGACAGUUCGACUCCACGUAAAUGGGUCACUCGCCAAAAUUCAGUUAUAUUAGCAAACACAGGUGAAAGGGUACAUAGAGCUGUUACGUUAUCACUACCCCAAGAUUACGAUGUCCUGCAUGAAUCCAUUUCUGGCUACAGACCUCAGUCGAACCUCAAUCAAAUGGCGCAAAUGAUUAAACGAGUUUACUUUAAUGAGGUUUUCCGCAGUGUUUUCAAGUGUUCAAUGGCGUACUUCCUUGCUUCUUUGGGUGUGUUUGACCGAUCUUUUGAUGAUUUCUUAGGAUCAACCGAUUCGAAACAUGUCAUUGCCACGGUGGCGGUGUAUUUCCACCCUUCUAGAUCAAGAGGAUCAAUGAACCAAACAAUGCUAUUUGUUAUCAUAUCUAUUGUAUUUAGUAUCACAGUCUCGUUUGGUUGCCGGUUUAUCUCAGCCAUUUUAUUUGUUGGUGGGAAGGAUGAGGUGAGUCACAUUGUAGAUCUUAUCGUGAGUUCAGUGGCGUUGGGAGUAGUUGCAUUUAUGAAACAAAAGGUGAAUAAACAAACAUUCAAUACCGCCUGUUCACUAGCUUGUAUCACAAUUGUAUCAUGUAUUGUCAAAGAGGGCAGUGCAAGUUCAGGCAGUAUACCAAUGGAAAGGAUAGAGGCGACAUUUAAAGUUGUGGUUACAGGAUGCAUCAUUUCCUUUGCAUGUUGUUAUUUGAUCUGGCCUGUGAGUGCAACCAAGGAGCUACAGAAUACGUUGAAUGACUCCUAUAAUAAUUACUCCAAAUUGUUGUUGGUCUUAACGAGACGGUUUGUGGCGGGUGAACAGUUGAAUGCGAAAGAUUUUGCGUUGAUUGACCAGUUGAAAAAAAAUGUCAAAACGAUGGAGCUGCAUCUAGAGGAGGCAAAGUAUGAGCUAUGUUUAGUGGGUAAGGAAGCUGAGUGGGAAUACUAUAAAACGUUGGUGUGUUCGACUGUAUCUUUGGCUCGUCAUUUGCAAGCAUUGAGCUCGGCCACGAGAAUGCAAUGGAACUUGUUAAAUAGCACGUCAGAAGAAAAAAGUUCUGCAACAACUCUUCGAAGCUACAGCGGCGAUGAGUUUGGAAGCUCUUCAUCAUUGGGCCAAUUCAAUUCGGCACGCACAGAAGUUGAUGAGACGGAUAUGGGCUCUUCACUUCAACUUUUUGAUUUGUUUGUUUAUCAUUUAGCGCCAUCCAUAAAAUCGUUAGUUUUUACAGUGAGAGAUGUGUUAAACAGUCUUCCGAUAGGUAAGUAUGUUGCUGGAGACUUGAACGAUUCGAGCAAUUACCAAAAUGCAUUGACCAGCGCCAUAAAGAUGUACCAGAAACGGCAAGACUUGUCAUUUGAACACAUUUAUAACCAAGAAUCAUUUACCCAAAAUGCCAACUUCUAUUUUAAAGCUGACCAAGAGGAAGUUGCUGCAUGUUGUGGAAAUUUUGCUACCCUUUUAUCUCAAUUUUCAAGUGAGUUGCUUCAGUGUUUGAAGUUGUUUGACAAACAUCAAGAUGCACAAUCCAUACCUAGGUCAUGGUCGUGGAUUCGCUUCAAGCGAGGUAAGUUUGCCAAGAGUCCCACGAACGAUACCAGUCUACACGCAGCACUAGAUGAUUUACGUGAUCAGUACGGGUUGAAGAAGGAAGAGCCCAUGUUUAAUUCAUUCACAGAACGCAUCAGCUAUGACAUUUGGAACAGGCUAAAAUAUUUGAAACGAGCCGAUGUUCAGUUUGGUAUUCGUGUCGGUUUGGGUGCUGCCUGUCUAUCGCUUUUUGCGUUUAUCCCGGAUACAAAGGGGAUUUUCGAAAACUGGCGACUUGAGUGGGCUUUGACCGUAUAUUGUAUCAUGAUGAACAAGUCUUUGGGUGGAACGACCAUGACCGUCAAGUGGCGGAUUAUAGGUACCUUCCUCGGUGCAUUUGUCGCGUUCUCAAUGUGGACAAUAUUUGAAGCUAAUGUGUAUGUGUUGGCCUUGACCGGUAUCUUGAUCUCGAUACCCUCAUUUUACAUUAUUUUAUUUUGGAAAGCAAACAAUGCUUUUGGGAGAUUUAUUUUGUUGACAUAUAACUUGACCAUGUUGUACUCGUAUAGUAUGCUACAGAAGGACGCAGAAGACGAUUUCGAAGGAGGAGAGAAUCCAAUCAUUGGUGAAAUAGCUUUUCAUCGAUUUGCUGCUGUAUCCAUUGGUAUUAUAUGGGCAUUGGUCAUGGCCACUUGUUUUUUACCAAAUAGUGCAAGGGCAAGACUAAAGAAUGGUUUGUCGAUCUUGUGGUUGCGAUUGGGCGUCAUUUGGAAUAGUGACCCGUUGGAAUAUAACCCAGACACCAUGGAAUUGGUAGGAUUCAAAGCUGAAGAAGGUACAAACAAGAUCUUGUCCGAGUGCGAAACAUUGCUUAAACAAGCACCAGUUGAGUUUCGAUUAAAGGGUAAAUUUCCCACACGGACAUACGCCAAACUCAUUAAAGAAACGUCAUCCAUUAUCGAUGCUUUCCAGAACUUGGACUUGUUGAUCAAGGCAGAUCCUACACUUAAUGGUAAUGAGGAGUAUGUGCUCAAGUAUAUCGAAGUUGAGAGGAAUGAAGUUGAGCAGAGGAUUUUCUUGGUAUUCUACAUGAUUGCCAGCGCUAUGAAGUUGGGGUUUUCGCUACCCAAGAAAUUUGCCUCCAUCGAGCAUGCAAAGGAUCGGAUGUUAUACAAAUUGAGUGAAAUCAGACAGCAACAGAAUGAUGGACUCGUGUUGAAAAAUGAUGAUUUCAUUUUGUUGUAUUCGUACAUUUUAGUUGCCUCGACAAUCUCUGAGCAAUUGGAUAAGAUGUUGGUUGAUAUUAAGAAUUUGCUUGGUGAGAUAUCAGAGGAUAAGUUUAGAUUAGUUUGA